AUGGAGGAUGCCAGCGCAGCGCCCACCACAAAAAAGAGCGGCACCACCUUAUCAGUGGAUCGCGCUGCUUUUCUAUUGCUGCGCGUCAAGAAGGCGUUCAAGAAGAAGCGACAGCAGCGCAAGGAGCGGCAAGCGCAACAGAGUGGCGCCGCCGCCGCGGCCCUAGCCACGGGCGUGGCUGGCAACCAAUCGCGCAACGGCAGCCGCAAAUGGCCGCCGCCUUUGUUACGGUCACGCACACUGCCCGCCAUCAUUGUGCCGGGACUUCCGGUUGUGUCGCUGCAUACGGAUAAACAAACAUUCCAUUUGGACGAGCGACUGUUGGGCUGCAAAAGCCGCAGUGGCAGCGCCAGUGGCCACCGCUGGUCGCUGCUGUCGCGCGGCGGCAAUGCUGGCAGCAGCCAACAGCAGCAGCAAAACAACAACAACAUCAAUUUGACCAACAACAACAACAAUAACACACUAAUGGUGAAAUCAUUGAACUUGCCAAAAGAUGAUAGCACACUGGCUUAUCGACGCAAAUCGUCCGGCAGCACACCGUCGCACCAUCAGCAGCAGCAACAGCAGCAGCAGCAACAUGUUGCCCAGCAACACUUGCAUUUGUAUCAGCAACAUGCUGCGGACAGCACAUUGUAUCAACUAUCGGAUGACUUUGAGUGCCAUGCGGACGGCUCGCUUUUUCUUAGAAUACCCGCCCCGUAUGUGGCGCCCUCGCGCGGCUAUCCGUAUCGCAUGCCAGCAACGAAACGUGCCUCAACAUCCUCGGAGGCAACAACGCCGCUGUCAAGGGAACAGCAGCAGCCGCACGCUCAGCUUCACGAUUUUCCAAUGGCCGAGAGCAGCGCCUCCGGCAUGCACAUGGCAUUCACACGACUCGCCAAAUUGAUGCAUCAAUCAAGCGCCAGAUCUCAUCCGCCGCCAGCACUUGACAGCACCUAUAAAGCUGGCGAGCUAAGCCUUGGUCUGGGUCUCGGCCCGGCCAUGGGCGAAGAGACGCCGCGCCGCUUGUCCUGGGAAAGGCGCAAGGACAGCAGCGCGCUGCAGCGCUCGGCCAGCAUUGAUUCCUUUGCCGAGAUAGUCUUCAGCGACAUGCCACGCCCCUCGCUGGACAUACCACGCAGCGCCGCCCCGACGCCCUUCAGCAAGCGCCCCUCGGCCAGCAGCCUGUACUCGACUUGCAGCAGCAUUGCCGCCGCCACCGCCUCCUCCUCGCAGGCGUACGCUCAGCUGAAUGUCAAUUACGGCGAACUGGGCGCUGGAGCCGCAGGCCAUGGAGCAACAGGCAGCAGCAGCGCCGGCAGCAGCCGCCGCGAGAGCAUGCUGAGUCCAUCGUCAACGCGACGCAACAAGCUGACCAGAAUUAUAAACACUCUCUUCUCCGCCGUGGAGCAUGGACAUUUGGAGAAGGCACGCACCAUACUCGAGUCCACAGAUGUGGAUGUCAAUAGCAUCAACACCGACGGUCUAUCUGCUCUCGAUGUGGCGGUGCUAAGCAACAAUCGCUCAAUGACCAAAAUGUUGCUGCAACAUGGCGCCUUGGAGGGUUCGCAAUUUGCUGCGGAGAACAUUGGCAGCAAGCUCAAUGGACUGCUCAAGGACGCAGAGUCGCGUAUACAUGAUCUCAGUGGUCCGGAAGGUCUCGGCCAACCCAUUUUUACAUCGCGUCCCUCCAUUUCAAGCAUUAUAAUUGGCAAUACGGGCUCCUCGGUUACGGGCUGCACUGGCAAUGAGGUGGACAAGCAGAUUGGGAUUUGGGAGCGGCGCGUGAAGGGACUGCGACGAAUGCUGCUGGGAUGGGACCAGGCGCGCCCGCCAGAUGCGCCCGCUUCCGUUGUGGUCGACGUCACGGGUGACAACUCAAUCAGCGUGCAAAUAUUAGAGCCUUUCGAAGGAGCCAUUGGCACCAAAUUCAAAGUCCAAUGGUCAACACGCGCGGACUUCAACAACGUGGUGGGGGAACGCGAGCUGUUGGAAUGGAUAAGCUUCCAGGGUACUAUGGGCGCCCAGUGCAACAUUGCGGGCCUCACCCAGGGACGUCGCUACUUUCUGCGGGCGGCCUGCGGCAAUGUCAAGGGUUGGGGCGCCUACCUCAACUCCGUGCCCGCCAGCAUUGUGCCCUCAACUUGGCGCGAUCUGGAUAACCGUGAGGAUCGCUUUUUUGGACGCCAACGCAUAUUGGAUAGUUUGUUUACGGCCGUGCGGCUGGCGCGUCCUGCAGAUGUCUCCGAGCUAACCUUGGAUCCGGCCAGCAUGCAGCGGCGCAAUCCUAAGAAGAAGACCACCAUCAAGCAGCUCUUCUCAGUGACUUCCAAGUUCCAAAAGACGCUGCGACGCGGCAUUUACUUUGCCUGCAUUGUUUACUGCGAGGACAAGGUGCUGGUCACCAGCGAGGACUUUCCGCCAGUGAUUGAGAUCGACGAGACGUACCCGAGUGCGCUGCACAUGGACUACUACUGGCUGUUGAAGGUGUCCUGCACCUGGGAGGACGUCAAGUCGCUGCGCUCGGACAUGGAGCGCAAUCAGACCUCGCCCGUGAAUUUCCGCACCAAGCUGCUGUCCGCCGUCUGUCAAAUGCAAUCGGCGCUGGGCAUCACCGACCUGGGGCAGCUCUACUAUAAGCCCCUGAAGGAUGCACAGGGCACUGUGGUGCUGACCUGCAUACAGGCGGUGAAGAGCCAGAAGUCCGUGUCCAUACUCAACUCGCGCUGGCUGCCGGUGAGCAAGCUGCAGAAGAAGCUGGGCGUGCUGCACGAGGAUUGCAGCAUCAACGAGCUGCUCAUCUCGAGCAUCAACGAGCAGCUGCAUUAUCAGCAGGCGGCGCUGCAGCGCCUCGAGCCGGGCCUCUAUCUGGGCUAUCUCAAGAUGCAGUGCUCCAUGGAGCAAAUUCAGGUCGUGGUGCCGGUCAAGACACCCAAUGUGCUGCCCAAUGUCAAGGUGCGCGAGAAUAGUCACAUCACCGCCGAGGAAUGGCAGGCGCUGCAUCGAGGCGCCGCCGAGCCACUGCGCCUGCCGCUGCAGCUGGCCAAGUCCAACACGGGCGCCACCACGGAGGUGCAGGGCUUGUUCCUUAGCGAGCUGAGCACGGCUCUGCACCGACUCUUCGCCAGCAUGAGCGUGUCCAGCACCGAGGCCAGCACGCAUCGCCUCUACGAUCUGGAGGUCAUCGAAAUAAGUCGCGACAUAAGCUUUCUGCUCGUCUGUCCCUCGGUGGAAUCCUCUUGCGCCGUGCCGGGCCAGUCGGAGCUGCUGCUGCAGCGCGACGAUCUGGCCAGCCUCAGCAUCCAGGCCUUCGAAAUGAUUCAUCUGCGCACCUAUCAGCCGGGCAUAGUGCAGAAGUACGCGCGGCUCAGCUGCAUCCUGGAGCUGGACACGGCGCUGGCCACACACUCGCAUCGCGAAGCCUUCUCCAGCAGCGAGCUGCAGGCCGCCAAGGAGCGUCUGGCCACGCUGCAGGAUCUGAGCGCCAAUUUGCAGCUGGUCUGGAAGAGCGUGCGCUGGCUCAUGGACGUCGUCGCCUAUGCGCGCAACAAGCAUGCGCAGCCCACAGUGGGCAUGGCGGAGCUGCUGGACUUUGCGGCCUUGCGCCAUGGCCAGGCGGAGAGUGGCAAGCAGCAGCUGCUGCAGCCGCCCAUACGCGAGUCCAAAUUCAGCAAGACGGGGCGUGGCAGUUGGCCGGGACCGGGUGCCAAUGAGGCCAGCAGCCAUCAGGGCAAGCCAGAGCUCUCCAAGUCUGAGACGAAUCUUGGCCAAAGCGCACUAACUCCUUGUUCCGCUCAAGCAACGCCGCUAGAGGGCGUUGCCAAGCCACCACAGCAACAGCAACCACAACAGCAGCAGCAGCAGCAACAACAUUCGCCGCAGCAGCAACAACAACAACAACAACUGCUGCAGGUCACCAACAGCGAUUAUGCCGCCUCCAGUUGCUCGGACAUGUCGCUGCGCAAGAAUAGCGGCGACUCCGUUAGCUCCGCAUAUACCGGACGCAGCUUUUACUCCGCCGUGGACUCCAACUCCGAUGGCAGCAGCAGCGUUUUUGCGCUGCCGCCAUCACGCUCCGAUGAUACGCUGGCGGAUGCAUUGCGUCAUUCCCAGCACGCCACGGCGCAACGCAAGCGCACUAGCUCCAACAUCGGACCCAUCAAUGCGCCGCUCAUCACCGUGCACAGCUCCAGCUCCGCGCCCUACUUGGCCAGCUCCAGCAUAUCCCUAAGAGCCGGCACCGGCGCCUUCGCCACCGACCUAGAGCACAAGCCACUCAAGGCGCCCGCCGAGUACCGAGUCAAGGCAGCAUCCAGCGCCAACUUGCGCGAGGGCGGACUCUUUCUGAAGAGCUCGCUGUCCGCGCUGCAGCCCGAGCUUAAGCCCUUGAGCAGCGAGGAGCCCGUGGCCAGCACCUCAAAGGCUUCUUCCACGAAGAGCUUGUCGCAUCACAGCAGCGAAGACGACACCGCCAGCUGCUCCAGUCUCAAUGCAGACCAAAGCGCCACCGCUGCGGGCAUCAUCCAAGUCUACACAGCCUAUAACACGGGCCUGGCCAGCGGCACCAGCCUCAAGCUGCAUGUAACGCCCAAGACAACGGCACGCGAGGUCAUCAAUCUGGUGGUGAAGCAGCUCAACAUGGCCGCCGUGCUCAAGGGCACCAAAGGGCCCAUCUACAGCACCGACAUGCUGGACAACUUUUGCCUGGUGGCCGUCAUUGGAGCGCGGGAGCGUUGCCUGCGCGACGACUUCAAGCCGCUGCAGCUGCAGAGUCCCUGGAAGAAGGGACGUCUCUAUGUGCGGCAGAAGCACGAGCUGCUGGCAGCCAUCGAGCACUCCAAUCGCAAAUCGCAUCUGAUUUAAGACACAGACUCACAGGCUCCUUAGUUCCAACCCAAUAGUUUCGCUUGCAGAAGCUUCAGCUUUGUAUUUAUGGUUGCUUGAGUUGUGGUUUUGAUUUUGAAACACUCGCUAUUGAUUACUCCAAGCCAAGUUAGACGACCAAUCCCCGAAAUUAGACUGAAUUACUUACUUAUAUUUAGAUGAAGAAGAAGAAGAAGAUGAUGAUGAUGAUUGAAAUGAAGGCGCAUAAUUGUAAUUG